AUGUCCAAGCAGGUCUGCAAGAAGGUGAACAGAAAAUACUUGCUUGUUUUUUCCUUGAUCCUUCUCUUCUCAAGAACUCUAUGUAUUCCUGCUCGCUGUUACCUUAGACCAGCCAGAAAAUAUGGGUGCGUGUCAGACAGAAACCUCUAUGUUUUUGGUGCGGUGUGGAAGAAUGAAGAUUGUUUCCAGUGCAGGUGUAAGAUGGGUGCAAUGACCUGCUGUAGCUUGGUUGUAAUCCCCAAGAAGUAUGACAGGGUGAACUGUGUUGGCCUAUUCCACAAGAAAAGCUGUUCCAUCCGUGUGGUGAAGAAGACUAAUCCUGAGAUAAGUUGCAAAGUCUACAAUGGAAUUGGAUAAGACCACAUGAUGCAUUUCUCCUCUUUCACACCUACCCCAGAAGCUGAAAACACUCUGCAUCAGCAAGCAGCAUGGCUUCAAGAGAAAUGAGUUUGCCUUGUGCCUUUCACAGCUCUAAUUGUGCCAUAUCUAUCUCAUUUCUGAUGCUAGUUGGUUUGU